GGAAUAAACUCCUCCCACGCGCGCUUCCACGCCACUCCAAACGGUUCUUCCCGCUCACGCGCAGAAGAAGAAAAAAAAAACACGUCCGCUUCUCUUUUCUCUGCCGAGCAAUCCGUCCACGGCACCCGGAAUUACGGCCUGAAAAUGGGGGACGUGCAGAUCCCGAGGCAGAUGUUUCUGUGGAGCAUGGCGAGCAUUUAUUUGUUUGCUUUCGCGUCUCUGUACGUCCAGAUAGCAGGUCUGUAUGGAGAGGAUGGGGUGAUGCCGGUGCAUAUGCCUAAAUUGAAGACGCCUCUCCUAGAGAAGUUUCAGGACAUCCCGUCCCUCCUGUGGCUGGCUCCGUACUUGGGAAUCGGAUGUCAGCAUGGUCUGGAGCUUAUUUGUCUGCUGGGGGCGCUGCUGAGCCUGGGAGCCGUGCUGUUGAGCGCCCUGAGAGACAGUCUGAUUUAUCUCUGCCUCUGGGUGCUUUAUCUUUCCCUGUACACUGUCGGGGGAGAUUUUAUUCAUUCUGAGUGGGACAGCCUGCUGUUAGAGGCAGGAUUUCUGGCCUUUCUGGUCGCUCCGUGUGUUUUACUGCGCCGUUCCCCAGCUCCACAUGAUUCUGUGACCUUCUGGCUGACCCGGUGGCUGCUCUUCAGGCUUGUGCUUUGCACCGGGGUGAGCAAGCUGGCCAGUGGUGACCCAUGCUGGUGGGACCUCACAGCACUGAGUCGGUAUUAUGACACCCAAGCGAGCCCCACCCCCUUGGCCUGGUACAUCCAUCAGCUUCCUGAUUGGCUGUCGAGGCUUGGUGCAGUGUGCAUGUUGGCGGAGGAGAUUGCCGUUCCACUCCUGAUGUUCUUCAUUCCUGUUCGCGGGUUAAGAAUCAACGCUUUUUCCAUCACGGUGGUUCUCCAGCUCUUCAAGAUCCUCCUGGGUGGCUGCAGCCUGUUCCACCUGCUGACCAUCGCCUUGAGCUUCUCUCUGCUGGACGACGAGGUGUUCGACUGCUCGCCUGCCCCCAAGAAAAAAGCCAAGAAUAAGACUUGGGGCCAGUUUUUGGUUUCAUGUCUGACUUUUCUUUUCAAGCUGGCGGUCCAUCUCCUUAUUAUUUUCAGCGUGAUAAAGUUCUUCAAGCUUGAGAUUAAUUGGGAAAAGAAGAUUUUGACGUCAAAACCAACCUUUUCCCAGGAAAGCUUUAAUGCUUUUGUGAGUCACAUCCAGUCUCCUACCAUUUGGAUCGGGGUGCUUUCUCUGACAUGGGAAGUUGUAGCUGCCCUGCUUAAGAGUUUGUACGUACGAGGCGUCCUGGGCAAGGUGUUUGCGCUCAUCCAGUGGGCCCUGUUCACCGCAGCCGCCGCGGGGGUUUUCGCCCUCAGCCUUGUCCCGUACACUGCCAUGGCAGGCAUGGCCAGCAGUAAGCUGUUACCCGAGCUGAGGGAGGCGUACGAAGCCGUGGAGAAGUUUCAGCUGGUCAGCUCGUACGGCAUCCAGCACAGAAUGAUUCCUCCUGCAGGACGGCCUGAGAUCGUCAUUGAAGGCAGCAUGGAUAAGAAGACAUGGACGGAGCUGAACUUCAUGUACAAGCCCAGCAGUAUGAGUGGCGUCCCUGCGAUCCUCGGACCUCACGAGCCGCGGUUAGACUGGCUGCUGUGGGAAGCUGCUCGGGAGAACCAUGACCAGAGCCCCUGGUUCUCCGGCCUGAUCCAGCGCCUCCUGGAGGGCAAAGAGAGCGUGGAGAGUCUGGUGCAGGCGGACGAAGCUCAGUACCCCUUCAGCUCCAAACCCCCGGCCUUCAUCAGGGCUAAAGUCUACCACUACCAUUUCACACACGUUCCUGAAGAAGGGAAGGAAGCACUGACGUGGUGGAAACGGCAGUAUGUGAGGGAAUUCUUUCCCACGGUGCACUUGGGUGACCCUGUACUUGAAGAUAUGCUGAAGGAAGCUGGACUUAAGAAGACCCCAGUCCAGCCUGGUUCAGAGCGACCUGUAUCACUGCCUCUGAGUGGGUCUGAUUCCAAUACGCCGCUGUCCCAGGCCCUGAGUGUGCUCCAGAUCCAGUCGAGGGGACUUCAUGGACAUCAUCUGACCUGGGGCCUGCUCGUCACAGUGGCCUUUAUUCUCCUCAUUCAAACCAUGUUCCCUCAGACCAGGAGCACUAAAGGGACGAAACCCAGACCCGCGCCGUCUGAACAGAGGAGUAAGAAAUCCCGAGACCACACUGAACCCUCUGAGAAAAGCCGUGGUGUCCCCAACAAAGGGGGAAGGAAGGAGACCUCGGUAGAGAGGGCGGUAAACUUUGAUAAAAGCCCACGCAAGAGGAAGUGAGCUCUGUAAUGCCACGGCCAGCAGAGAUGGAGGAUUGAUUCUCAGGUGUAUGCUGACUACGCAAUUACCGUUUGAUUCUAUACGUUAAAUUAUUUUUCUACCCCCCUCCCCUCCCCCUCUCUGAUUAGCGUAGUGUUAUUUGAUCAGAGCAGUUUGCAGCUUUACAUCAUGCGUCUGCAACAGAAACACUUACCAGGGCUUUGAAUGUUCACGCGUCUUCUUUAGACAACGUGUGCUUUGUUUAUUUUUCACUGCAAGGGCUCACAACACUAGCACUUAUCCCCGGUAACUUUCUCUAUUCAUCAUGAAUUCAACAUUUCUUUAAAGGAUUCGGAGGUGUUAAUAUUUUUUAUAGGGUCUUUCCAAGAGCGGUCCGCACAUCAUCUUGUUUAAUCAUGCUCACCUGUAGAUGAAUAAUGUUGAGAUGUGUAUUUUUUGUCAUAUGAUCUUGAACGUCUGACAUUAUUAAAAGUGUGAUAUUUCGUA